AUGGCGAUGUGUCCUAUUUAUCAAGAUCCAGAUCCGGAUUCAGAUCUUUUUCAGGAUUUUAUUACUUUUUUCAGGAAAGUAUUUUCAGGAUCUUUUUCCUCCGCCAGGGACUCAAACUCCAAGAACUAUAUAACACAAGUUACCCCAAAUGGUUCUACACUAUGGAUUCCUCAUUGUGAGUUUGAUAAAAAGCCAUUUGUUGGUAUGACUUUUGAAAACUUAGAGAAAGCCUUAGAUUUUUAUGGUAAAUAUGCUGAAAUUUGCGAUUUUGAUAUACGUUCAUCUACUAGCUACAAAAAUAAGGGUAUUGUUGUUUUAAAAUAUUUUGUAUGUAGUAGGAAGGGUAUCAUAAAACCUAAACCUAAGAAAAGUGCAGAUGUUGUUCCACGUUAUAAGAGAUCAACCAAAAGAAUUGGUUGUAAAGCUAGAUUGAUUUUGAAAUAUGACAUAGUGAAGAGAACAUACCAUGUUUUAAAAUUCCAACAGGCGCACAAUCAUUGUCUAGUUAGCCCUACAUCGCGUCAAUAUUUAUUGGGUAAUAGGAAAAUGACUUUGUUACACAAAAAUUUCAUAUCUAAGAAUGCACGGGUUAAUAUAGGACCGGUUAAAUCCUUUAGAUUGUUUAAGGAAAUUGUUGGGGGUUAUGAGAAUGUGGGAGUGACAAUGCAAGAUUUUAAGAAUUUCCAUAGGGAUUUAAAAACAUAUAUUAAAGGAGAUGAUGGGAAGAUGUUGAUCGAGAAUUUUAUCAGAAAAAGAGAUAUUUACAGGGGGUUUUAUUUUGAUUAUGCUUUAGAUGAGGAGGACCACAUUUCACGUUUAUUUUGGGCCGAUGCGAUAAGUAGAAAGAAUUAUUGCUUAUUUGGAGAAAUGGUUACUUUUGAUUAUACUUAUAACACCAAUAAGUAUAGCAUGGUUUUAGCCCCUUAUACUGGUGUAGAUCAUCAUAAGUCUUGUAUUACAUUUGGUAUAGGUUUAUUAGCUAAGGAAGAUAAUGAAUCUUUUGAGUGGUUAUUUAGCACUUUUUUACAUUGUAUGGGGGAGUGUAUGCCAACAUAUUUGAUAACUGAUCAGACCCUGCAAUGA